GGCCACCGCACGACCCCUCCUUCCUUCUCCUGUCUGUCACAUUGUCAGGUGUAGGACAGGACCUGCUCUCGCCAUGUGGACUAUUGGCCGGUCUCUGCAUCUCAGGCCUUCCUUGGUCCCCCUUCCAUCCUGGACUCUGUCACUGACCUGUAUAGGAAGGUCUUGUCACAAAGCGUCAGCUCAUGGGGCCAACUCAAAGCUGAAUUUCUCCGAUGGAAGGGUCUUCAGACUGAAGCGCCCCUGGGAGGUGAUGCGGGGGCUUCUUAUAUUUCGGAUGUGCUCCUUCCCUAGCCUGGUGAAGAAUUCUGAGAAGCUCAUGGUGGUCUCCCGCAGGCUUAUGGGUCGCCGUGUCUUCGAAUGGGGUAUGAGAGGCACCGUGUACGGACAGUUUGUUGCUGGGGAGACCUUUCCGGAAAUUCAGGCGUGUAUGGAAAGGUUGAGAAAAUUAGGUAUUCGGCCCAUGUUGGCUGUGCCCAUUGAGGAAGACCUGGGAGAGGGCAAAGCUGGGGAGCGCUGGUACGAGCAGAAUGAAGAUGUCAUGUUGAACUGUGUGGAUCUCUCAUCCUCGGGUGGCGAUCGUCCCAUGAUGCAGUUGAAGAUCACAGCGCUCAUGAGUGCUGAUCUGUGCAAAGUUCUGUCGGUGUGUUUGUCUGAUCCAUCUCAGAGGAAGGAGCUUAGUCCGCACAGGAUAUUGUCCAUCAUGGAGGGCGAGGACUCCACUUUCUCCUUUCUGUCGGAGGAACAGAACCGUCACCUACAAAACUCAGUUCGCAGGCUCAGCCGGGUUGGAAAGCAUGCCAAGCAGAAACAAGUGCGGGUCUUGGUGGACGCGGAGUAUACGUACAUGAACCCCGCUCUCAGUCUGGUCACCAUGGCCAUGAUGGCUCAGUGCAACCGCCAGGAGCCGUGGAUCUGGAACACCUACCAGUGCUAUUUGAAGGAUUCGUUACGGAACCUGUCCCAGGAUUUGGACACAGCGGCGGGUCUGGGUCUGUGUUUCGGGGUGAAGUUGGUGCGUGGGGCGUACAUGGACAAGGAGAGGAAGUUGGCUAAAGUAAAGGGGAACCCCGACCCCAUACAGCCAGACUGGGAAGCCACUAACCGAAGUUACAAUGGCUCCCUGGAUAAGUUGCUGGAUCUGAUUGGACGGGAGGGGCGGCGUUAUAACCUCAUCGUCGCCAGUCACAACGAGGAGUCCGUUCUUCACGCGGCGCGCAGGAUGACGGAACUCGCCAUUGACAAGCACAGCGGAGCGGUGUGUUUCGGACAGUUGCUGGGCAUGUGUGACCACGUCUCCCUCACGCUGGGUCAGGCGGGCUAUUUGGUGUAUAAGUCUAUUCCGUAUGGAUCGGUGGAUUCUGUGCUGCCCUACCUGAUCCGGAGGGCCCAGGAGAACCAGAGUGUCCUGCAAGGGAUCCGAAAGGAGAGAGACCUCCUACAUAAAGAGUGGAGGAGACGUCUGUUGGGCCGAAACUAGAACCAUCCAACAGGAGGGCCCCCCCCCCCCAGACAG